ACAUCGCGGAUUUGUCCUUCUCGCUACUAUCGUAGUUUGGUUAUCGCAGUAGCCUACCCGUGGCGGAGGAGAGCGAGGAUUUGUGCUCCCCUAGACAGGUUUCCAGACACCAGCGAAACUGGACGCGGAACUGGACGGAAGGUAUAACUCCGAGAUCCCAAUAAUCAUUUGUGGACUAAACGCAAUGGAGCCAGCCUUCGGAGAGGUGAACCAGCUCGGCGGUGUUUUCGUCAACGGCAGACCGCUACCCAACGCCAUCCGGUUGCGGAUUGUAGAGCUCGCUCAGCUGGGCAUCAGACCUUGCGACAUCAGCAGACAGCUCCGGGUGUCCCACGGCUGCGUCAGCAAGAUACUGGCCCGGUACAAUGAGACCGGCUCUAUACUCCCGGGAGCGAUCGGGGGCAGCAAGCCACGGGUCACCACGCCGUCAGUGGUCAAGCACAUACGGACAUACAAGCAGAGGGACCCGGGUAUUUUCGCCUGGGAGAUCCGAGACAGGCUACUGGCUGAUGGCGUUUGUGACAAAUUUAAUCUACCAUCUGUGAGCUCCAUCAGUCGGAUCCUCCGCAACAAGAUUGGCAAUCUAUCCCAGCAGAGCCAGUAUGAGUCCAGCAAGCAGUCGUCUCACCAACCACCUCAACCAACGCUACCAUACAACCACAUAUACUCGUAUCCGACCCCCAUCGGAGCCUCUGGAACCAAAGUACCGACUCCCCCAGGCAUGCACUCCCUCCCUGGACACAUGGCUAUGCACAGGAUAUGGCCCUCAUCGCACUCGGUAACAGAUAUUCUGGGGAUUCGGUCGAUAACAGAGCAACAAAUUAGUGACAGUUCGUCCUUUCCCAGCGCCAAACUAGAAGAAUGGAGUGUUAGAAACAGAACACAUUUUCUGCCAACAGCAAGUGCUCAACUAGUCAAUGGCGUGCAGCACAAACCACCGCAUUCUAUAGAACCUGAAGCAAAAUGCACACAGAUGCAGAGUGGUUUUCCCACAGUGAACAGUUAUGUCACAGCGCCCAGUAUCCCGGCCUACCCCCCCCCCACCCCAGUGUCGCCCUACAUGGGGUACAGCGCCACCACGUCGGCCUAUGUGACCGGUCCCACAUGGCAGCCGCCCAGUGGCAGUGCUCUCUCUCACCACAGCUGUGACAAUAUUGCCUCCUCGCUGGCCUUCAAGGGUAUGACAGCCCACCACCCCCACACCGUCAGCGCCUCAGCACUGUAGAACACAGGCAGACGUGCGAAUGGACGGACGGAGAGACAGUGGGAGAGAGAGAGGGAAGAAGAGGGGGAGAAGAACAGACAGAUGGGCAGAUUGAGAGAAAAGAGGAUGACAGAAGGAGAAAUGGAGAGAUGAGUCCUUUCUUACAAUGGGUCCCUUGUCAGCUCAUCACAAACAAUCACCUCUCUGUAUUUAAAGGAAGGACCUCACCUAGGAGAAAUAUCAAUCACAACAUUCUCUUCCAUGUAACAUGGUGUGGAGAACUCAAGUUAACACCUCGUUAAAGACAGGACAUGGAAGGAAAGGUUUGCCACACUUUCUACAGUAUCUACAGACAUGACACUGUCUGCUUGUUGUCCAGCAGACAGCUCACAGGACAGGUCAGGUGUAUUGAAGGACUGACUGACUGACUGGGGAUGGGGGACAUUGUGCCAUCCUCAUCAACAGUUUGUCUCUUAAACCCAUUUUUGAACACUUCUCUGCAAAUGUUAUUAGAGACAAGGGGCUAAAGCAGGCGGUGACAAUCUAAACCAGCAGGAAAACAAUGUUUUGCAUUGAAGUGUUUCAGGGUGAAAUAAAUUGCCAUUAUUUUGGAUGUUUUGUAUUUUUUCAUUUUUGUUUGUGUUCUGUUUUUUUAUUUUAUAAACGCAACAGUCUCAAUAUUGAACAUUGUUUUUUUCACUUCUCAACUUAAAUGUAAUGCAACGUUUCAGAGAAGUUAUCCUAAUGUUUAUUUAUUAGACUGACUAAGGUACUGUGGUUAAACAAAGUGCAGUUAUUACAUUAUAAGUCCACGGUGGAGACCGUAUGGGGAACGUUCCCUAAUGUUUAAGACUACAUUAUGGUAGAACAAGUAAAAAGCUGCAGUUCCAAAACAUGCACAAUGAAAUUGAAUGUAUCUGAAUUAAAAUCAUUGUUUGGAUUGUUACCUGAUUUUUCUGAAUUGUAGCAGUUGUUUCAGAAACCUUAGCGGUUGUAGCAGUUGUUUCAGAAACCUUAGCGGUUGUAGCGGUUGUUUCAGAAACCUUAGCGGUUGUAGCGGUUGUUUCAGAAACCUUAGCGGUUGUAGCGGUUGUUUCAGAAACCUUAGCGGUUGUAGCGGUUGUUUCAGAAACCUUAGCGGUUGUAGCGGUUGUUUCAGAAACCUUAGCGGUUGUAGCGGUUGUUUCAGAAACCUUAGCGGUUGUAGCGGUUGUUUCAGAAACCUUAGCGGUUGUAGCGGUUGUUUCAGAAACCUUAGCGGUUGUAGCGGUUGUUUCAGAAACCGUAGCGGUUGUAGCGGUUGUUUCAGAAACCUUAGCGGUUGUAGCGGUUGUUUCAGAAACCUUAGCGGUUGUAGCGGUUGUUUCAGAAACCUUAGCGGUUGUAGCGGUUGUUUCAGAAACCUUAGCGGUUGUAGCGGUUGUUUCAGAAACCUUAGCGGUUGUAGCGGUUGUUUCAGAAACCUUAGCGGUUGUAGCGGUUGUUUCAGAAACCUUAGCGGUUGUAGCGGUUGUUUCAGAAACCUUAGCGGUUGUAGAGGUUGUUUCAGAAACCUUAGCGGUUGUAGCGGUUGUUUCAGAAACCUUAGCGGUUGUAGCGGUUGUUUCAGAAACCUUAGCGGUUGUAGCGGUUGUUUCAGAAACCUUAGCGGUUGUAGCGGUUGUUUCAGAAACCUUAGCGGUUGUAGCGGUUGUUUCAGAAACCUUAGCGGUUGUAGCGGUUGUUUCAGAAACCUUAGCGGUUGUAGCGGUUGUUUCAGAAACCUUAGCGGUUGU